CAGGAGAUGACCAGAGACUGCGGACAGCACAGGGAUGACCAGAGACUGCGGACAGACAUUGGGUGACCAGAGACUGCGGACAGCACAGGGAUGACCAGAGACUGCGGACAGUACAGAUGACUGCUGACCUUUGGGGAGGUGGGGAGCGGGUACCUGAAUUUGACAGGUACCCGCUCUUACUUCCGCAGUUGUUCUUUGAUCUUACCUGUUCCUCGAUCCAGCCGCGCGCUGUCUUCCCGGCUUCUGUAAUGGCGCUCGGCAUGACAGCCGGGUGCCCAGUGCGCAUGAGUGUGAUUGGUCCGGCGGCUUCUGGGAUCUGUCAUGUGUCCCAGGUACCGCCUUACCAU